AUGUACCAUCCUGGUAGAUUCUGUGUCGCUACACUUGCUAUACCCGAACGAGUAUCCACCGCGGCUUAUUCAGAAGGAGGCUCGCAGUCUGGCAGUGCCCAUUCUAGUUCCAAUUCAAAACAACUGCCAAGAACACGUCGCCCUCGGGGACGGAUAUGUUAUAUAGAGGCACGAUUCCCGCAAGGAGAUUCCUAUGCCUAUCAACUACAGUUCACAACGACCUUUAGCAAUCAGCACAUCUCCACACAAUCUUUUGAUCAUCCAGAAAAACGGGAUGAGUUUCUACCCAUUGGAAGCACAACAUCACAUAACGAGAAUGCAGCAUUGGACAUACUAUGGGAUCGCUGUCCAGCAUAUCUAUCGCUAGUAGUACCAGAGUUAGUAACAAACGCCGAGUUUGGACAGCCUACAAAACCCGAACAUAUGGUAGAAUUGAAAGUUACAGAACAACGUCGGCUCACUACCCUAAUCGCAGAUCGGCGAAGGUUUUCUGAGAGUCCUGGAACGAAUCAUGAAGAAAACAAUGAUGGUGGGGGCGACGACACUAAUAAUGACGGUGGUGCAGGCAACGAUAGUGCCAGUCGCAAACAUCCUAUGGACGAUAACGAAAAGAAUAAUAUAGAAGAACCAGUGAAUAAAAGACCAUUUUCAUAUGCCGCUAUAGUCAAAAGGGGUGGUGGUGGAAGUAGCACUGGCCAGGAUGCCAAAACACUUCGCAUUCGUCAGUGGUUGGGUUAUAUAGAACCUCAUGAUGACUGUAGUGAUAAUGAAGUGACGCAGGGCAAUGAAGAAAUGGAUGCAGCCAUUAAGGCAGGGUUUAUGGAUGAUGAUCCUGACGACAAUGAAUCAACGGUGUCACUGACCCCACACCAGCGAGCAGCCUAUAACAAUUCUAUGGAACGUCCUUUAGUAGACAGAAUGCCCAAAGUUAUUUUCAGUAGCCUCGAUGGCGUCGACCAAAGUACACUAGCAUGUGAUGAACUCGACCCAUUGGGAGAAUUCUUGAAGGAGGUUGCAAUGUUGAGAAAUAUGGAACAUGUGUUGGACGAAUUGCUCGUUGAAGCGAGUCUGCCGUCACAACCGGUCGUAAUUGUCAUUGACGCUCUGAACAAAAUUGGUCAAUUGCUUGAUGGCCAUGCCAGUGACCAGGAGCGGGAAGAAGCCAUCCGACAGUCUAGUGAUCGGGCUGAACUUUUGGAAACAUUGGCCAAAUGGAAGAAGCUUCUCAAGUGGCUACGUCUAUUUAUGACUAGUAGACCAGACAAGGAUAUUCUCAAAGCUCUUCGAGUGCCGCUGACUCCAUCAAAGCUAGAAUUGACCAAUAAAAAUGAUUUGGAAGACAUUCAAGAACACUUUUCACCUGGAAAAUUAUUCACGUUUAAUUUCGCGUAUUCUAUCGGGAGUAGCAGAGGUACUCCAUAA